GUAUAGAAGGACAGAGUCUCUGGCGCACACGCCUCCUACCAAAAUCACAGCCCCGUGGAGCCGGGGCUCUCAUUCACAGCUUUCUAGAGAAAUCUGAGCCCGAACCUGCCAGAAUAGGGGAUCUCACCUACUCAGCUCAGCAGCGAGGACACCUGCAGAAAUACAUUCCCAAAGCAAGGCUGGGCGGCCGUGUGAAGUAGCAACAGCCUCAGUUUUGCUACUAUUUUGGAUGGCUCCCACGACAUCGACCUGAAUGCCCUACUGCUUUCCAGGAGCAGAAAGAAGACCCUUAAUCUGUCUGUUUCAGUGGCAGCCUGGUAGCAAAAAUACUGUUGAAUGGGCCACGGUUUCAGCAGACCGUCACGUGAAUGGGACCAGUCUCUCUUCUUCCCAAAUACCAGCAAUUAAGCAUUUGGAAAGGAGAUUUGGCCGAGAUGACCCAUUUACAGGCUGGACUCAGUCCAGAGACUAUAGAGAAAGCUCGCCUGGAACUGAAUGAAAACCCAGAUGUUUUACAUCAGGAUAUUCAGCAAGUCAGGGACAUGAUCAUCACCAGGCCUGACAUUGGAUUUUUACGCACAGAUGACGCCUUCAUCCUGAGAUUUCUCCGAGCCCGGAAGUUUCACCAAGCAGAUGCCUUUCGACUCCUGGCCCAGUACUUCCAGUACCGCCAGCUAAACCUGGACAUGUUCAAAAACUUCAAGGCCGAUGAUCCCGGAAUUAAGAGGGCUCUCAUCGAUGGGUUCCCUGGCGUGCUGGAGAACCGCGACCACUACGGCAGGAAGAUCCUUCUGCUAUUCGCGGCUAAUUGGGACCAGAGUAGGAACUCCUUCACAGACAUCCUCCGUGCCAUCCUGCUGUCGUUGGAAGUCCUUAUUGAAGAUCCAGAGCUUCAGAUAAAUGGGUUCAUUUUAAUUAUAGACUGGAGUAAUUUUUCCUUCAAACAAGCCUCCAAACUGACACCUUCCAUCCUCAAACUGGCCAUCGAAGGGUUGCAGGACAGCUUUCCUGCCCGCUUCGGAGGAGUCCAUUUUGUCAACCAGCCCUGGUACAUCCAUGCCCUGUACACGCUCAUCAAGCCAUUCCUUAAAGACAAGACCAGGAAGCGGAUCUUCCUGCAUGGAAACAAUUUAAACAGCCUUCAUCAGCUUAUACACCCUGAAUUUUUGCCCUCUGAAUUUGGAGGAACCCUUCCUCCUUAUGACAUGGGAACUUGGGCCCGGACGUUACUCGGUCCUGACUACAGUGACGAAAAUGACUAUACUCACACUUCUUACAAUGCAAUGCACGUGAAACACACGUCCUCUAAUCUGGAGAGGGAAUGCUCACCCAAGCCGAUGAAGAGAUCUCAGUCUGUGGUAGAAGCUGGGACCCUGAAACAUGAGGAGAAGGGAGAGAAUGAAAACACUCAACCACUCUUGGCUCUGGACUGAAAGCCGAGUCAGCCCAUGCUCCCGCAUAGCGCCAGCCUUCAGUGGUACGCCACCCAGGAAGCACAUGAGCAACUGACCCACAUGGACACGUGCAUUUGGCUUGACACAAGACCCUCUACUCCUGCCAUCCAGUAAUGACUGUCACGAGCUGCUGGCUGGAGCAGCCAGAGUUCAAAAAAGACUUGAGAGACACUGUUUUGUUGUUUUGUUUUUGUUUUUUGUUUUUUUUUUCAGUGAGGGGAUUGGAGGAUGAAGCAAGGCAGUUAUGUAUACAAGAUUCUCCCUCUCUCAUAUUUAUGGUAUUAAAUGAAUUGCAAAGAGAAAAACUAAAUUUGACGCACACACUGCAUUAGGAUAAAGAUUUUUCUGAGACAUCACCGGGAGAUCCUCUCCAGUUUUUGCAAUUUAAGAGUAAGUGCUUUUCCAAGUAGAUACACCAGAAUUAAAUUGUGCAGACACAAUUGUGAAGUUUAAUGUCAUACAAAGCCCUGGGACAAUAGUAUCUCCAGUAAUUUCCAUUCUUAUUGAAUUAUUUUCUUUGACCUCAUCACCAGCAUCGAAUUGUUCAGCCUAAGAGCAUGUUCUCAGAGGUCUGGCUAUUUGCAAUUUGCUUGUUUUGAUAUCCUGCAGAAAUGAUUUUGAUGUCACACCUUUUGUCAGGCUACCAGCUGAUUAUGAUGAGCUGACUUUAAAAGAAGGCACACAAUUUGAAGUAUGAUUACUUCAUCUUUGCAGUGUGACUUCCCAGAGGCUAUGUGUGUCUGAAGAUGGUGGUAGUAGAAGGGGGGAGGGUCCCAUCGAAAACACAUGUCAGUGAUUGAUGAAUCCAUUCCAGUGGCCUUCACUGGGGUCACAGCAGCAGCGAAAAGUGCUACUAAAGCAUUUAACCCCCCACC